GAUUUGUGUCAUGUCCCGAACUCUUGCUUGUAUUACCCAUAGCUUGUGUAUUUUUUAGUUGUUUCAAUUAUUACGAAUAUUAAAAAGUUUGAUGGUAGAAUUAGUAAUUAAAUUAUUUAUAGUAUUGUGAUGAUAAGUGCUGUGAAUAAGUAUAGUAUUCAGGGCUGGGAAACUAAGGCGGCACCGUGGAGUCACGAAAACGAAGGUACAAGAGCGGGGUGCGCUCAGUGAGGGGCGGGGGCGGGGGCGGCGGCGGCGGCGGCGCAGAAGAGGCGCGGCGCGGCGGCCUCAAGGCGCUGCCCAAGCGCGCCCGCACUCGCUGUAGGGGCAUGAACAUGGGGCAAAAGCUUUCCGGCGGAGUAAAGUCGGUGUCGCGCGAGUGCACGGCGCCCUUCAAGGCGGUAGUUGCGCGCGAGCUGGCGCCCGAGCCGCCGCGACCCGCGCGUCUGGACGCGCUUCUCGACGCGCCUCCUGCGCACCCCGAGCUACAGCUCAAACACGCGUGGAACCCAGACGACAGAUCACUAAAUAUAUUUGUAAAAGAAGAGGAUGCUUUAACGUUUCACCGACACCCAGUUGCCCAAAGCACGGACUGCAUCAGAGGGCGGGUGGGUUACUCUCGGGGCUUGCACUGUUGGGAAGUAGUAUGGCCGGCGCGACAGCGGGGGACGCAUGCGGUAGUAGGCGUGGCCACGGCGCAUGCGCCAUUACAUUCUGUCGGCUACCAAAGUCUAGUAGGCGCUACGGACCAGAGUUGGGGCUGGGAUUUGGGAAGAAAUAAGAUUUACCAUAAUGUAAAGGGCACAGUGGGUAGCGGCACGACGUAUCCCGCGCUACUAAGGCCCGACGAGCAGUUCCUAGUCCCUGACAGACUACUGGUAGUGCUAGACAUGGACGAGGGCACGCUGGCGUUCUGCGCAGACGGGCGAUACCUAGGCGUCGCGGCGCGUGGCCUUCGUGGCAAGACGUUAUACCCCAUCGUGUCCGCUGUAUGGGGACACGCCGAGAUAACUAUGAAGUACAUCGGAGGAUUAGAUCCGGAGCCGCUCCCGCUGAUGGAGCUGUGCCGGCGCGUGAUCCGGCAGCGCGUGGGGCGGUCGCGGCUGCGCGUGGUGGCGUCCCGGCUGGCGCUGCCGCCGGCGCUGACGGCCUACCUGCUGUACCGCGCGCCCUAGCCCCGCGCCCCGCGCCCCGACCCCGCCGCCCCCACCACACAUUAGAAUUCCCUCUACAAUGCUUCACGUACUUAACCCGACGAGGUGGACUGCGACGGCGCCCCGAGUUCACACAGAGAUCGUGACGUUUCAUCCAGGGCAGGUCGGCCGACUUUCCUAUGCACUGUAGCACUAGAGCAUCGCCGGCAGGAACCGUGAUUCGACCGAAGAAAGAUUCCUAACCGAUGACUAGUCCUCGUCUGCCCGAGUGCCGCCGCAGUAACUUUGUGACUUGAAUACUUUACGGUUGGCGGCAACUAUGACUUCCAAGCACACGAGUACGAGGGGUACAAACAAAAUAGACAAAGAUAAUGUUGUAGCAGGUCAAAUCUGUAAUUAAGAAUAAACGAUAUUGUCCGACAUGAAGUGUCCACAAAAGCGAUGAACUUUUUAGAUGAACUCAAGGAUUAAUUCUGACAUAUUAGAAUUUAGUGACGAAGUGUCGCGGUGAGCGUCGAGUGUCGAGUGUGCAACAAACAUUUCAAACGUCUGUGCGGUUUGCGUUGAUGGAAGUAAUCGUUUCUAACAUACAACUAUUGAGUUCACGCAACUCGAUGCCGAUCGCGAUAACGGCACUGAAUACAAAAAUAUGUAAUUUAUUAUAAGCACACAAAAACCUGUAAUCUUUAGAUUUAGUUGAAAUUGUUUUAACACACCCUGCAGUAAUUCCAACAUGAUUACCCCUUCUUUUAUUUUAAUGUUAUCUGUGAUAAUUUUACUUUAAUGACAAAUUGAAAUCAGCAAACAAUUCUCUGAAUUCAAUGCAUUAAUUACUCUUUCACAUAAUUGUAUUCAUGCGUUGUAUGUCGAUUUUGGAACCUCAAUUAAUAGUGGUGAUGGGAUGUGAACUGUGACCCAUUCUGUUCUGUAAAGUUUAUGGUAAAAGACCAUGGUACUAUUCUGUUACCGACAAAUAUGGACAAUUUAUAUACGAUAGAUAUUUAUAAGUAAAAUGUGGCAUUAAAUAAUGCCAAAACCUGUGUUAAUAACAUUGUUCAACUCUUAAUGCAAGCCACAUGAAUAAAGCCAUAUUGAUCUCUUUUGAGUACGUUCUCUGCUCUGAAUUUUCUGUCCAUAGCAGAGAAUCGUAUUUGACUUGUUAUUAAAUAAUUUAGAAUGAACAACUUCAAAUUAAAAAUAACUCACGAGCCUCGGCAAUUACUGAUAAAGAUGUUAGAGAUGUCAUUGUUGUCAUAACAAUAGCAUUCGACGGGCCGUGCCUCGACGCGGCCCGUGUAAGGCCAGUGUAUCGUUGGCAAUCUAUUUUAUAGCUCAUUAAGCGACUGGUUUACUUUAGUUUAAUGUUUUAAUUCCUAUUGUAAAAAUUGUGUGAGUGUGUGUAUAUAUUAUACGACGCAUCGCAACCAUAACAAAUGUGUCAGAUAUUUAGCUAUAAUAUUUUGGAGCAAUUUUAUUUUAUUUCAUUUCUAGGUUAUUUAGACUGCGUAUUUUGCGAAUCGUGUCUCCACAAUGUCUUCUUUUGCGACUAUAGGACUUAUAGAUGAUAGGUAAUUCCAUGAAUUCAUGAAAAUAGUAUUUUUCAAAGCACUUUAAACAAAUUUGUCAGCCAUUUUGAUCCAAUUAGUUAUAUUGUAACCUUUAUAAAAGAUGUGUAAGUACUUCCAUUUUAAUAAGAGUUUUUCAUAAAUGUAGAAUGUACGGCAAGGUAGACAGCCCGAGUGGAGCUCACUUAUAACAAUGUUAAUAUUCACAUUUUAUCUCCCUAAAUAAUAAUAUUGUACAUUUUAUGAUAAAAAAUAUUCUUACGCAGCAUUUCGGUAUGCUGCACUUUAGUAUUGAUUGCAAGAGUUUUAUGUGAAUAUUGACUAAUCGUGAGAAUGACUAAGAUAAACUGCCAAAUGCGAGGUGUGUGAAUGUGCAAUGUUAGCAAGAGAUAUAGGGUGUACUACGCCAUAUCGAAUGCCAAAUAAUCGAAUAGCAAUUGAUCGAACACAACGAAAAUCCAGACAUUGGUAUAAUCGUACACUCACAUUGAGUGUUUAAAAUAUCAGACGUAAGACAGAACAAGCGUA